GAUGAUUGGAGGUGGAACGCAGGCUGAAGGUGAGCAGAGUACAGUAUACUACCAUUGUGUGGCCGCCCCUUCCCUCACUGACACGCCCCUUACAUCCGGGCUCUGCCACUCUGCGUCCUCCUUAUGCCCUCCCUGCCCAGGGGUGAGUGGGAGGAGCCUGACAGGGCCAGUGGGAGGAGCGGAGCCACAUCGCCAGAAGUAAGGGGGCGUGCAGAAGUGCCGGUGACGUCACCCGCUGUGGGUCCCCCGUAAGGAGCAUGCGCGGUGCGAGCGGUAUGGCGGCGCCCGGUGUGUGGAGUCUCCGCCGGUGAUCACCGCCUCCUUUCCUCCCGGGCAGUUCGGAGUCACUCUUGUCUCCUGGUCCGCGAAUGUGACCUCCCUCCACCAUCUAUGAAGAGAGGUCAUUCCAACAUGGACACACAGGUGUAUCAGGUGUCGGUGAUGUUCCAUGAUGUGGCGGCCUGUUUCUCAGCGGAGGAGUGGAGCGCACUGGAGGACUGGCAGAAGGAUCUCUAUAAGAAGGUGAUGAUGGAGAUCCACUCUGCCCUGCAGGGGAUGGGCUUUGAGAUCCUGAACCCCGAGGUCUUGUUUCGGAUAAAGAAGGUGAAGGAUCUGUACAUUGAUAUCGCUGACGCGGACAGGACGGUCAACAAUUCAGCGUGUUCUCAGAGAGAAUCGGUCACAGGAGUGAAACAAGAGCCCAGACCCAACCUGGAUUCAUGCCGGAGGAGAGGAGGGAAGACCACGAGACACCCAGCUUGCACCCCAGAUUUACUACUGAGGAUAAAUCAGGACGAUGCCUCGUGUUACAGGGACCUUCCACCGCAGAGCCCCGCCCACAGCGCCGCUGACACCACCGUCCCCUCCGUCUUCUCCAAACAAAAAGACUCGGAGGAGAAGAGGAAGGAGAGCCGUCCUGUGGAGAGGCCGGAGGUCAGGAUCAACCAGUCACACCGACAGAUCACUUCCCAACCAAUCAAACAAGAGAAACUGGACUACAUCAAGGUGUCAGUGGGAGAGCAGAACCGUAACAGUACCAUGGUCACCACACGAGGACAGAUGACGUCACACACCAUGAAACCCGAUGAUGACUACACCAAGGCACCAAUGAGAAGCCAAGGGUCAGAGAGUACCGGAGCUGUCGCGAGAGGGCAGGUAACGUUGAAGCCCAUCAAACAAGAGGUGGACUAUAUCAAGGUGGCUGUGGGCAGCCAGCGGUCAGAUGACGCUUCACCAUCUAGAGUGACAGAUAAUGGGGAGCCACCUAAAGGUGACAUUGGGGCAGCCCCACAAUUCCCAGUGAAUCAGAUACCUAAUUUGCACGGAUCUCAUUUGCCGUCCUCUUCGUCCCCCGGAGCUCCGCGUCUGCGAAUCGUGAAGUUCACCGAGAAGGAGCUGGAUGUCCUAGUGGACCUGGUUUUAGAGAAUUACUCCAAGCUUUUCGGGAAAGAGUCUGACAUCACACCCAGCAUUGCUAAGAACGCCAUGUGGCAGGCCAUAGCCAAUGAAGUGAGCGGCGUAGGAGUGGCUUCCCGCACCAGUGAUAAAGUCAAGAAGAGGUGGAAGAACGCCAAGCGCAAGAUGAACGAAAAACUGAGGGAGGCAGCUGCCCACGUGGCAGAGACUGGGCGCCGGCCUCCACCACACCUGAGAUUGGCACCGUAUGAGCAGAGGCUAAGAGACUUCUUCAAACCAGAGUUCAGCAAAGAGGUGGACUGGAACCAGGACAAGGAGGACCAACCAGAGGAGGUGGAAGCUGAUCCCAUAGAUUUGGUCCAUUCUGAAAACCUGGAAGACACCGUCUUCUCUCCUCCCAUGGAUUUGGUUCACCAAAAGUCCUUGGCAGACACCAUAUUCUCUCCUCCCAUGGAUUUAGUCCACCAAAAGUCUUUGGCAGACACCAUAUUCUCUCCUCCCAUGGAUUUGGUCCACCAAAAGUCCUUGGCAGACACCAUAUUCUCUCCUCCCAUGGAUUUGGUCCACCAAAAGUCCUUGGCAGACACCAUAUUCUCUCCUCCCAUGGAUUUGGUCCACCAAAAGUCUUUGGCAGACACCAUAUUCUCUCCUCCCAUGGAUUUAGUCCACCAAAAGUCCUUGGCAGACACCAUAUUCUCUCCUCCCAUGGUUUUAGUCCAUCGGGAGUUCCUUGCAGAAGCUGUCUUCACUCCAGCAAUAGAUUCAGUCCAUCAGGAGUCCCUGGCCAACAAUGUCUUCUCGCCUCAGUGUCAGGAGUUGGGGGAGGACUCCAGUAAAGACUCUUCUGAAGAACGUUCCAUCAUUUCACCCGGAGAUCAGCUUCAUUGCUCAGACACAAUGGAAGAACAAGAGCCAGUUCUGGAGCCUGAGCACCAAGACCGCCAUUUCUCUGUAUUAAACCAGACUUUGCACAACUUGUCCUCCAACCAACAGGAAUCAAACGUCUUAAUGCAGGAACAGAACUCCAUCUUAUCCCAGAUUGCCUACUCUCUGAGCCUCCUUCACAUACAGCAGACAGAAGGACUGGCUGCUCUGGGCAAUAUUAUCCAACAGGGUGUGGAGGCCAUUCACCCGGCAUCCUGUGUGUCAACCAAUACUCGGACUAUAGACCCCGCCAAAGUCCAUACGGGAUUGAGACGGCCGGUGAUGGGCAUUAACAGAUCCAGUACUGACCUACCUGCUCCCCCAAAACGAAAAAUAACUUAGUACCUCCUGCUACUCCCUCACUCUGAUGUUCAGUCAUUGGUGUGCUGUUGUUUAUCUGGUUUAUAGAUUAUUGUGAUGUUUUUUUAUUGUUUUUUAUUUUAGGUAAAGAAAAUAAUCAUGAACCAUUUGAUGUUCAAUUUAAAAAUAAAAGAAAAUUCCAUUUAAAACAA